GGCCGAUCGCUAGUUCCGCUUCCCCUGCGCCAUAGCGGAAUCCAGGGGCCGAAAAGACACAUGAAAGGUCCCCCUGUACAUAGUCGAAAGCACAUGUUUCUGCGGGGAUCCGUGUGACGCGUGUCCCGCCCAGGCCCUCUGCUGCAGCGGAAGUGCUUUGGACGGUCAGAGAGAAGUUUUCCAAGCUGCCAAACAAAGUUCGUCCGGGAGUCAAGUUCUAGUCAGCUCGGUGCGGAAUCUGCGGUGAGGAUCACAACCAGCUUUCCGGGAUGUGUGACAACGGAGACCCCGAGGAUAAACCCCCAGCCCCUCCAGUCAGGACGGGCAGCACCAUCUUCAGCACCAACGCCGGCAAAGACUCACUGGCGGGCAACCACAGCUCCAAACCUCUGCCUUCUGUCCCCGAAGAGAGAAAACCUCGCAACAAAAUCAAAUUCAUCUUUUCCGGGCAGGAGAAAAGUGGUAGGAAGAAGGACCGAGACAAAGAGCGACCGGAAAUAUCCCCGCCAUCAGAUUUUGAACACACCAUCCAUGUUGGAUUUGAUGCUGUUACCGGGGAGUUCACUGGCAUGCCGGAGCAAUGGGCUCGACUACUCCAGACCUCAAACAUCACCAAGUCAGAGCAGAAGAAGAACCCCCAGGCUGUACUUGAUGUCCUUAAAUUCUACGACUCGACGGACAACGGGCGACAGAAGUACCUCAGCUUCUCAUCGUCUGAAAAAGAUGCGUUCACUCCAGGACCUCAGUCGCCCAUCAAAAAAGGAUCCGAGCCAUCUUCUCCCAACAUCAAAGAUAUUGAUGAUGACGACGAGGAUGACGAUGAAGCUCCUCCUCCCGUUGUGGCACCAAGACCAGAACACACAAAGAGUGUUUAUACGCGGUCCGUCAUUGAGCCCAUUCCUGCUGCGAGCACGGGUCCCGAUGGAGACGCAGCCUCCAAGGCAGCAGACCGACAGAAAAAGAAAAGCAAGAUGACGGAUGAGGAGAUCAUGGACAAACUGAGAACUAUAGUCAGCAUCGGAGAUCCCAAGAAAAAGUACACCAGAUAUGAAAAAAUUGGUCAGGGGGCAUCAGGAACCGUAUUCACAGCCAUUGACGUUGCUACUGGACAGGAGGUCGCGAUUAAACAAAUCAAUCUACAAAAGCAGCCGAAGAAGGAGCUCAUUAUCAAUGAGAUCCUAGUGAUGAAGGAGUUGAAGAACCCCAACAUCGUCAACUUCUUAGACAGUUUCCUGAUGGGGGAUGAGCUGUUUGUCGUCAUGGAAUAUCUUGCUGGUGGCUCCCUGACAGACGUCGUCACCGAGACUUGCAUGGAUGAAGCCCAGAUAGCUGCUGUUUGUCGAGAGUGUUUACAAGCUUUGGAAUUCCUGCACGCAAAUCAAGUGAUUCACAGAGACAUCAAAAGUGACAACGUCUUGCUGGGAAUGGAUGGAUCCGUGAAGCUUACUGAUUUUGGCUUCUGUGCCCAGAUCACUCCAGAACAGAGCAAACGCAGCACCAUGGUUGGCACACCUUACUGGAUGGCUCCUGAAGUAGUGACCAGAAAGGCUUAUGGGCCUAAAGUAGAUAUUUGGUCACUUGGUAUUAUGGCGAUCGAGAUGGUUGAAGGCGAGCCUCCAUACCUGAAUGAAAACCCACUGCGAGCUUUAUACCUGAUUGCUACAAAUGGAACCCCUGAGCUUCAGAAUCCAGAGAAGCUCUCUCCAGUUUUUCGAGAUUUCUUGAACCGCUGCCUGGAAAUGGAUGUAGAGAAAAGAGGAGGCGGCAAAGAGCUUCUGCAGCAUCCGUUCCUGAAGCUGGCGAAGCCCCUCUCCAGUCUGACUCCUCUCAUCCUGGCAGCCAAGGAGGCCAUGAAAGGCAGCCGUUAGCUGGGAAGGCCCGCUGCGCCGGCCUCCGGCUGCGCAGACGCGUGCCAACCGUUUCAGUUUUUGUGCCAGACAAUAGACUGAGUGGCUCGCCUCUCUGUGACGCAUCAGCCUUAUAAGCCCCGACAAACCUCACUGUGAAGAAGACCAAAAAUCAAGAGCACGACUGUUCACUCGAACUCUGAUUCAGACUGAAGUGCACCUUCUCAGUCGGGCGUAGUGGACUUUGUGCAUCAAGGUCGGGCUAGGUUUGUAUUUAACGUGGAAGGAAGAAGAUGCCUAGUUCUGUUUAGUUUUUUAAUCAGCUGCCUUAAACAAAUGCAAAACGUUUCCUAAUGUAUUGUUGAUUGUGUCACGUCUCCCUUCCUGUGAUUUUUACUACAUUUGUAAUUUACCUUCUCAGCUUGUCAGUGUCUUAGUUCUUUUGAUACUUGAAUUUCAUUUUAGUUUCCCCAUUUGGUCUGUGAAGUGUUUCAUUUACAGAGCACUUGUCAUUUCUUGACUGCUCCAUGUUUUGUGGGCGUUUGUCUUUCAAUGCAUCGUGCGUGCUGAUGGUGUUCUCUGACCGGUCCACUGUACCAGUUCAAGCCCCGAAUAGUUUGACUCCUCAUCCCAAGGGCGCACCUUACUGGCCGUUAAAACUUUAGAUUGACAGGGUUUGUACUCUUUUUGCUAUUCUUAUUAAAAAAGGAGUAUUUUA